CCCGUAGAUUAAAAUGUGUGGUUGUAUUUAUUUUAUUAUUAAUGAUAUAUUUUUUGCCCCUUAGAAUUUCCCGAACCGCUGCCUUGCUUGGCAUUUUUACUUUUAUUGGACGACAAGAAUUAUUUUUUUUAAUACCCAUUCGAAAAAUAGUGGUUGGCAAACCUAUGUCAACUUUGCACAUAUUAAUUACUGCUAAAACCUUGUUCUGAUCUUCCUUCAUACGUUCCAGAGCAUCUUGUUUAUUACUUUCUUC